UCGGCCAGUGCCUCUGCUUCCGGCUCGAGUACUUUGCCUACCCCGUCUUCACCAUGUCCGAGACUGCGCCCGCUGCACCCGCCGCUCCGGCUCCAGCCGAAAAGACACCCGUGAAGAAGAAGGCGCGCAAAUCAGCAGGUGCUGCAAGGCGCAAGGCAGCCGGGCCCCCGGUGUCCGAGCUCAUCACCAAAGCUGUGGCCGCCUCCAAGGAGCGGAGCGGGGUGUCUUUGGCUGCGCUGAAGAAGGCGCUUGCGGCUGCUGGCUACGAUGUAGAGAAAAACAACAGCCGCAUCAAACUGGGGCUGAAAAGCCUGGUGAGCAAGGGUACCUUGGUGCAGACCAAGGGCACCGGCGCGUCUGGCUCUUUCAAGCUCAACAAGAAGGCAGCUUCCGGGGAGGCCAAGCCCAAGACGAAGAAGGCAGGCGCGGCCAAAGCCAAGAAACCCGCGGGGGCCACCAAGAAGCCCAAGAAAGCUGCGGGCACGGCUACCCCCAAGAAGAGCGCCAAGAAGACCCCAAAGAAGGCAAAGAAGCCCGCCGCAGCUGCUGGGGCCAAGAAGGCAAAGAGCCCCAAGAAAGCAAAAGCUGCAAAGCCCAAGAAGGCGCCCAAGAGCCCAGCGAAGGCCAAAGCAGUGAAGCCCAAGGCGGCAAAGCCCAAGACCGCCAAGCCAAAGGCUGCCAAGCCCAAGAAGGCGGCAGCCAAGAAGAAAUAAGUUCUUUAGGCCUAGCUGCUAGUUCCACCCAACCCAAAGGCUCUUUUCAGAGCCACCCACACUUUUCAAGAAAAGAGCUGUUGCACAUCUUGGGGGCGUGGUUCCUAGCGUGUGCUGUGCAGAGGGUGGCAGCAGAAGAGUAAUGGAUAAUCUGCUGCCGUGCUCACAUAAUUACAAACGGCUUGACAAUUACAAGCAGCCAGGAAAGAACGGAUUAGUCAGUCAGGUUUGGGGUCUGCAUAGCUGCGAAGUAGGCACCCGUUCUGAACUUCAUUGGUCCGAUGAGUUGAUUUCCACUUUAACUAUAGGAAACAAUUGUGUUUAAAAUUAACUUGGGUAAGGCGAAGUCCUCUUUAGCUUGGAGGCGUGGCCUUGCAAUACUACUGAUUACAAAUUUUUAAAAGACAAUGGAAUCGAGUAUAGCUCCUAGUGAGGCUUUACAUAACUAGUGUAAGGCCUAAAAGCAGCGCUUCGCCUUACUUUCACAAAACUCGCUUAUGAUUAGAUUUUUCACACUAGUUAGUUACAAGCAUUAAGUAUGCAACCACCCAACAAUCUCGCGCUCCAUGAGGACUAAAGCUGCAGUGCUUGAGAAGGGCUAUUUAUAGUAGCUUUAGGGAGUCUAGUUAGAGCUUUCUGAUUGGACCAAAGUGAAACAACAAAGUAGCCAAUGAAGAAAGUAGACGAGUCAGUGUCGUUUACUUUCGUACUUUUGACGACACACUAAAAUUAAUCCAAUCAUAGGCGAAAUCUCACUAGCCUCAUUUAAAUACCACAUCUAUAAAGGAAUGUGGUUUAGCUGCUAUGGGAUGGUUAUUCCUCUACUCUUGCGAUAUGUUUCAAUCUCUGAAACGCUUGAACCCACAUAUUCAGACCUGGCCCGAAAAAGGCAGGUACCAAGGAGCGGAAGAAGGACGGCAAGAAGCGCAAGCGCGGCCGCAGUGAGAGCCACUCUGUGUAUGCAUACAAGAUGCUCGAGCAAGUGAACACCGACCAGGGCAUCUCAUCCAAGGCCGUGGGCAUCGUGAGCUUCGUAAACGACGUCUUCGAGCGUAUCGUCGCGGGAGAUCCAGACAACUGCUGCCCCAGGAGCUGACCAAGAACGCCAUGACUGAAGACACUAAGGCCGUCACCAAAUACAUCAGCUCCAAGUAAAUUUGGCAAGACUCUGUGCUGCCACACAGAAUAGCAGUAGUGCCACAGCCUCCAGGCCUGCUUCUGCUUCUAUGAGACUUCUUUCAAAUUUACACCAUUAAGUGUUAUUCUCCUUCUAGCUAUGCUUUGUGAAGUUCUCCUCCUAAUCUAUUUAAAAUGGUUAUGAAGACUAAGUUUAUAUUCCAUUAUAUAUUUCCUAGCAUUUAUGAAGAUGAGCACAGUUUGUAUCUAUUAGUCCCUUAUGUUUGGAGAUUUAUAAUACUAAAUGUUUCUGUUACAAUAAACUCUACAUAAUAAACUAUUUUUAAAGCAAAUGUCCUGUUUACAUUUCCUAACAUUUUAAAUAGGACUUUUUAAAAUGAAUCUUUAUAAAUGAGGUGGGACUCUUACUUCCUUUCCUGUCCUUUACUUUCUCUUCUCUUCUCUUCACUUCUCUCUCUCCUUCUCCCUCUCUCUCUCUCUCUCUCUGUCUCUUUCUCUUGUUUUCUUUUCUGUUGUCCUCCAGUUUAGAAUAAGGUUACAUAAUAUCAAAACAAAAAAGAACUAUUUUUCUAUUGAUUCUGUAAAAUAAAGAUUACUGAGUCCCUAAAAUUCACCAAAACUUGUAAAAUUCAACUGGGCUUGUCAUUAUGUGUAUUCUAGGGCACAGAGGAGUUUUGUUGUUUUGUUUUGGGGUUUUUUUUGACUGCCUAUUAAUCAUGAAUUCUGUAUUCAAAUUGUCUUUUAGUAAAUAAUUUUUCUUCUUUUUUAAAUCAAGUACUGUUUUCAAGUCUGGUAUAGUGCUAAAAGAAUAAACACUUAAUGAAUAAAUAAA